CGGCGCCAGGGUCGAGCAUCACGGGCUGUAGCACCGCGGCCUCUCUGCCUGCAGCACCACCUGGCGCGGGCCAGGGUCCGGUGAGAGAAAAGAUGUUUUCCCGGGUAAGAGCCGUUGUCACUCCUUGUACUUUGACAUGUCGUCAUUUGCACCUGAAGGAGAAAGGCAAGCCACUCAUGUUGAACCCACGAACAAACAAGGGGAUGGCGUUUACGUUACAAGAACGACAAAUGCUUGGUCUUCAAGGACUUUUGCCUCCCAAAAUAGAGACACAAGAUAUUCAAGCCUUACGAUUCCAUAGAAACUUGAAAAAAAUGACUAGCCCUUUAGAAAAAUACAUCUAUAUAAUGGGCAUACAAGAAAGAAAUGAGAAACUGUUUUAUAGAAUACUGCAAGAUGAUAUUGAAAGUCUGAUGCCAAUUGUAUAUACACCAACAGUUGGUCUUGCCUGCUCCCAGUAUGGGCACAUUUUUAGAAGACCUAAGGGGUUGUUUAUUUCAAUCUCAGACAGAGGUCAUGUCAGAUCGAUUGUGGAUAACUGGCCAGAAAACCACGUUAAGGCUGUCGUGGUGACUGACGGAGAGAGAAUUCUGGGUCUUGGAGAUCUGGGUGUCUAUGGGAUGGGGAUCCCCGUUGGGAAGCUUUGUUUGUACACAGCAUGUGCAGGAAUACAGCCCGAGAAAUGCCUGCCUGUGUGUAUCGACGUGGGAACUGAUAACAAAGCACUAUUAAAAGAUCCCUUUUAUAUGGGCUUGUAUCAGAAACGAGAUCGUUCCCAACUGUAUGACGACCUGACUGAUGAGUUUAUGAAGGCGAUUACUGACAGGUAUGGACGGAACACACUCAUCCAGUUUGAAGACUUUGGGAAUCAUAAUGCCUUCAGGUUCUUAAGAAAAUAUCGAGAAAAAUACUGUACUUUCAAUGACGACAUUCAAGGGACGGCUGCAGUUGCUUUGUCGGGUCUUCUCGCGACCCAAAAAGUUAUUAAUAAACCAGUCUCAGAACACAAAAUCUUAUUUCUUGGAGCAGGAGAGGCCGCCCUUGGAAUUGCAAACCUUAUAGUCAUGUCUAUGGUGGAAAGUGGCCUCUCAGAAGAGGAGGCACGGAGGAAGGUCUGGAUGUUCGACAAGAACGGCUUACUAGUUAAGGGGCGGGCUGCUAGCAUAGAUAGUAACCAGGAACCGUUUGCUCACUGUGUCCCUGGGAACAUACCUGGAACUUUUGAAGAUGCAGUAAAUGAACUUAAGCCUUCAGUUAUAAUUGGAGUGGCAGGUGCUGGCCGGCUUUUUACUCCUGGCGUAAUCACGUCCAUGGCCUCUAUCAAUGAAAGGCCUAUAAUAUUUGCAUUAAGUAAUCCCACAGCACAGGCUGAGUGCACAGCUGAAGAAGCAUAUACACUCACAGAGGGCAGGUGUUUGUUUGCCAGUGGCAGCCCGUUUGAGCCAGUGCAGCUCCAGGAUGGACGAGUCUUCACCCCGGGCCAAGGAAACAAUGCGUAUAUUUUCCCAGGUGUGGCUUUAGCAGUUAUUCUCUGUCAGACCCGGCACAUCAGUGACAGUGUUUUCUUGGAAGCUGCAAAGGCACUGACAAGUCAGUUGACCGAUGCAGAGUUAGCCCAAGGGAGGCUGUACCCAUCACUUGCUAACAUCCAGGAAGUUUCUGUUAACAUCGCUAUUAAAGUUGCAGAAUACCUGUAUGCUAACAAAAUGGCUUUCCGAUACCCAGAGCCUGAGGACAAGGCCAAGUACGUUAAAGAAAGAAUAUGGCGGAGUGAUUAUGUUUCCCUGCUCCCGGACGUGUACGAUUGGCCGGAGUCUUCACUGAAGCCUCCUCAGAUGUCUGAAUAGAAACUGCCCCAUUAAGACAUUCCGUGCUUCAGAGAACCACUAUUUUCAGACAAAAAGAUAAUCUUCUCAGAGUUGAGUGUCGCCUGUGCUUUAUUCCUCCACACCACUUGCUUGGCAUCUCUUUCUGUGAAUCUCUCUCCUUGGGGACAGACGUGUUGACUAUACUGCUGAUGCCCACCAGUGCCCACAGUCCAGUACUGAGACCGCGUCAGUCCUGACGGUUGUCGCCAUUGUGCCCUUGUUGGAGCCGGCCACAGUCACCUUGCUGUUACAUGAAUGUAUCCUCCACCUCCACUCAGCUCUUCCAGGGCUGUGGAUCUGGGUACAGAGUAUUGAGAAGAAGCCAAAAUUUACCUAAUUCCAAAGAAAACUUGUCAGUACUUAGAACUGUUCUUUUAUAUGUUUUCACUUUCAUUUUACUUUCGUGCUCUGAAGUCCAUUUGUAGUAUACAGAUCUGGGGAAAUAUGAAGAAAUCUCCCCAAUUUCCUGGAACUAAAUCCAGGCUAACUAACAUUAUAGACGAGUGGGAGGAGCCAGUGCUGCCUUUAGACGAGCUGAAGAGUCGCUUGCAACACUGUACAAAAAUAAAUACUACUUAUUUAAUAAAAGUAAUACCUUAUA